CAUCUCGGCCAAGGUGUCGCUAGCUGUCUACUAUAUAUAUCCGGUUUGUGAAAGGUCAUCGACCAGCACCCACAUCUUAAUUUGCUUGGACUCUCUUGCACGGUCCUGACAACGGUUGGGGUAACUCCCUUAAAUCAUUGCACAUCUCGCGUUGAUAUGAGGAAUUUUAGCAGCGACUAGCUGCUGAUUGUAUUUGCGGUCCCAUUCAACCCCCUCUAUAGAAGCGUCAGUCUAAGCAAUUAGCCUCGGUGGCUUCGUCGGAGCCGGAGUAUUGGGCUACUGUCCGGGAAUUUGCAGAUUCUAGCAACAAAGUUUCCCGUAAAGGUCUGAAUACUUGUCACCAAAACAUAUGAUGUCAUCAGCAAAGACACGCAAUCAGGGAGGAGAUUCGAAGGACGAUAGUCAUUGUGCUGUCUUACUGUGGCCGGAAUGCACAGCUUGCAUUGGCAAAGAACGUUGUCAGGGAACGCAAGAGAGGAGGGAGUCCGUUCUUAAUGGCUUGAUCAGCCAGUCUUCUUCACCUACGACUCAUUGCUCCGAGACGAAUACUCAAAGUGCCGUUUUCUGCGUGCCUGUUUCCGAAAGUAGACAUGGCGGCUCCAAACCUAGAGUUGAUCUUCGGGAUAUAGGGGCUGCUGUAGCCGGACCGUCCUCUCAGGGGCCAUAUACAUUUCGACAUAGAACUCGUGAGGUGAAGCAGAGGAGUAUGCAAAACCAAGGGGGUCCAGGAACUAUUGACUCGCUGCAAACUGAAGUGCCGCUCCGGGAACGUACAAAUUCCUUCAAAUGCAACCAGACUUCUUCAAUCGGUCAGAAUAACAUGCUGCCAGGCUCUUCCAAUAGUAGUCGACGAUCGCUCCCGUCAUUCUAUACACACAGACCGGCUGUGAGCACCAUUAUCGAAGAGAGUUCGGAGCUUAUCAUUGCAUCGAGUUCCCCUUCUGAAUAUUCUGAUGCUGAUAUAUCCGAGCUCCAAUAUAGUCGCCAAGAACGUGCCGGUCAAUGUCAAGCAAAGGCGCGACAGUUGAUGAAUGAUGGCGGAAAGACUACAUUCCAAAAGGAAGCCGAAGAGGAGCAAGCAUUAAUCAUUGAAUCUUCUCCGAAUUCAAAGCACAGACGUUCUUUAUCUUUGUCAGGCCAUAUCAACCGUUCCAGUGCAGGAGUCUCGAAUCAUCUCCAGCAGAAUAUCCAUCAAGUUGCUCUUAUCAUAUCUAUUGGGGAGGAAGAAAUGCCCACUCAGAGACCUUCUAUGUUCAAAGACGCUUCCAGAAACCAGGCGGGAGCUGAUACCAGAUUGGCCAGUUUGCCAGCACUAAUUCAAAGAGCAACAAGGUUGGCCGCAUUCUUGGAUAGAGAACCAGUUUCUUCAAGACCGACAAGCGAGAGUGAAAAAGGCUCAGUGCCAGGAACAUGUAGUUUCGAAAAACGAUCAAAUUCAUUAUCGGAUAUGCUUGCAUCUUUUCCGCCGCCUUGUGUUUCGACACCGACUGAGCGAGACCUAUAUGCGACUCACUGGCCGUCGUCCCUAAGAGGUCGUACAUUUAAGCAGCCACGCAGUUCGUUUCAGAUCCAGAAAGACACUGAAAGAGGACGGGGAAAGUACUGCGGCUCAUCACCCGGUUCUUUGUCCAUUGUCAUUGGGGUCCUAAUCAUUGUAAUCGCAGCGGCAAUUAUCGUUCCUCUUCUCUUCACUAAGCUUAGGCAUGAAGAUGCUGUGAGCCAUUCUAUUACUACAAUGAAACAGUGCCAAAAUUCCUUGAUCUGUCAAAACGGAGGUUUAAAUUGGCUGAAUUCCAAUCUUUGCCGCUGUCUCUGCCUGGACGGGUUCUCGGGAGAACGAUGCGAGAUUGCAGAUGCUGGAUUUUGUUCAACGGCAGAAAUUGCUCAGGACUCCAAUAUUGUUCGAAAUGUGACUUUUGGCUCAUCAAUACCUCAGAUUCUUCGGGACGCCGGAGAUCGUUUUGGUAUAUAUCUGAAUUCGUCUGCCCUUCUUCAGGUUUUCUCCGCUACAAACCUGUCAUGUGCGGCAGAGAAUGCACUGGUUGCAUUCAAUGGGAAAUCCACACGUUUCGCUCGAUCCGAACUGCAAUAUCCGUGCAACGCUUCUAUGCCGUUACCACCAGCCAGCCUAGUUUCCGCCCAUAUCUCCAACCACCUGCGUCACCGAAGAGCGCGAACUUAUACUGUCGUGUCGUCUACUCUUGUUGCACCAACCGCCGUCACGUCGAAUGGCAUAAUAUUAGCUGCUCCUACUGCUACCACUCCCUCCACGUCAGCUACGCCGGCACUCUCAACAUUAGCAAUCAACAAUACAGUACUAGAUUUUGCUCGAGUUAGCGUUCUGUUUGUUUUACAGCAGUCUAUGCAGCUUAAUGUUGCUGUUAUUGCUCAGGAUAAUAUCCAGAGUUUUCUCGGAGAUACUUCUGUCUCGACCAAUGGAGUCGUUGUCACUGGUUCUAUCAUGAUUGACUUUAUAAAUUUUCAAUUAAGACUUGGAAAUGGCACUCUGUUUGGACGAGGGGCCUGAUAAAGCGGAAGAAGCCAGCUUUUAUAAAAUGCUUGCACAUAAUGGGCGCUUCGCGUUGUACGCAUGUCCGAAGGUCCAAUGAGAAAUUUGACAAGGUCAUCCUUUUUUCCAUACCUUUUGCAUAAU